AUUACCCAGAAUCCAUUUUUUCUACUGCUGAGAAAGACAUGCGACCGGCGUCACGUGUGCGCAUGCGUGAACCAGUAUCCUGGGAUUACUCUUGACAAUUAUUGUCCUGCAAGGUGCCUUCAGUCUUCAUGCAUCGUGUCUUUGUUUACGGCUCCCUGAAGAGGAGCCAACCCAAUUACCCCUACAUGACAGACAGCAAUAAUGGAAAGGCUGAGUUCCUCAGUACCGCCGUCACCGUCCAGAAGUAUCCACUGGUGAUUGCUACCAAUUACAACAUCCCCUUCCUCCUUAACCUUCCUGGACAAGGCAAGAGAGUUAAUGGGGAAGUCUACAAAGUGGACGAAAAGAUGCUGAAAUACCUGGACUGGUUCGAGAAGGUUCCCACCAUGUACCAGCGCACUGUAGUGGAGCUGGAAGUCAAGAUGGCGAACAGAGAGGAGAAUCUGUCACCUGGAAGCAUCAUGGAGGCGUUUGUGUACAGCACCACCACUUACCAGCCGGACUGGCCAUCACUGCCCACCUACGACAACUACGACUCCAACGGAGACCACGGACUGAAAUUUGUACUGAGGGAAGACAGGAAAUAGUGAUGUGGAUGAGUAGGAUGACUUUAGUGCCUUUAAACCCACAGAAAGAGGAUCAAGAGUUCUAGCAAAUGAGUAAAAAAUCAAUAACUGAUUAAGUUUUCUGUUCUUUAAUUAUUUAAAGCCAGAUGAGGAACUUCAGUUGUUCAAAUACACUCAGUCUUACGUUUUAUCCGAAAAUUUGUCUGCUUUUUAUACUUUGUCUCUUAAUGAACAACUUUCUGGGAGGCAAUCAGCUGUUAGCAAUAUUUAAAAAUGAAAAUGUUAAGCUGUAAUAAAAGAUGCAUCUUAUUUUAUCAAAGUGCUUUCUCUGUACUUUAACUAUUUGAGUUUUUUAUUGCUUACUCUGUUGUUCAGUGUGAUUUGAUUGAGCCGCUGGGUCUUUCCGGGUUGUUUCUCUGGUAGAAGUGUGUUUCGUGGAUGUGGAGAAAGUCCACAGCCUCAUCCUACGAGGUAUUUUGUGUUACAGGAAUAUAAAAGAUUAAUGUUGGUUCCUCUGUUGAACAAGUCGCUGCUUGUGGUGCUUUUGAAUUCUUCAGUAAGUGUUCAUUUCUUCUCAUACACAAUAAAAGCUUUUUUUCUUUUCUUUUGCACAAAUAAAGGUAGGGCAACAGGUUUUUUUGCCUGGAUUACAGAGAUAAUCCGUAGACAAAAAAAGCACAAACCAGUGUGACGAGACUGAAACAGGAGUCAACUCUUAAAAUGUAACGUUCAACACAAAGUUUUCACCCGGAUUUUGGUUUUUAAUUCCAUUUAAUUUAUUAGUAAAAGGGACUAAAAACUUCCAGUGGAUACUAAUAAAAUGCUGACUUGAUAAAGGUGGAAAAAUAAAGAAAAAGUGAGAAAAAUUCUGUUAAUGUCGCUAAAAACAAAAACAAAACAAAGAAAAAAUCAACAGGAAUAUUUUAGGAUGUUUUGCUGCUUUUUUGUUUCAAAUCUACUGAAAUCUCAUUUGCUUAUUCCAUUAAAAUAUUGUGUUUAUGUUGUUUAUUCAGGAGGUAAGAUUUUUUAAAAUACAACAGUUUUUGUAAUUAUAAUUAAAAAGAAAAACACUAAAA